UGCUCUCGGCUGAAGCCUACUACUCGGAGUUGAUUGCUUCAGCCUGGCCGUUCCUUGUUUUUGUAUGAUGAACUGACACAGGGAGUAACAGCGGGUCUGACAGCGAACGGUGAGAGGCCUUCGCCCCACCCCCCCACCGGCCCCGCAAUGGACCCCUCUGCACAAAUCCAGGGGGUCCCUCUCAAGACCCGGGGGUCCUUCCGGAAAGAGUCCUUCAGCCCAAUCUCACCGCUGGGCCUGCAGACCCUGGUCAGGAGCAGGAAGGAGCUCUGCACCGUGGUCCUGGAGCUGCAUGGGACAGAGGCGCCAUGUCUAACUGAGAUUCAUUUUGUAUGUUUACCCAGUCAAGCUGAAGGAGAUCAUUUCACACUACAGGCCCUGCCAUCUGUCCCUGCCAAGCUGCUGGAGUUGCUGAAGUCCCUGCAUGUGCACAGCCUAACAGACGAAGAGGUGCUGCUGCUCGAAGAGUCAAAGAAACUUCUAGAGAGAAACCGCAGUGCUGCGCAGACGAGCCACUGGAGUCGAGCCGCCUGCGUGCUGCGGCGUCCCCACUCCCCCUCGUGCAGCACGACGGCCAUCUUGGCUCUGCUGAGCCGCUACAUGGCCGGCUUCCGGUAUGCCCUGGAGCUGCAGGCGCUGCACAGGUCCGUGCCCGACGGCUGCCAGGCCGAGGACGACGACACCAACCAGUCCGUCUCCUCCAUCGAGGACGACUUUGUCACCGCCCUGGAGCACCUGGAGAAAGAUGACGCGACAGACAACCUGUUGGCCGCUCCCUUCAGCCAUCGCAGCCAGCGGGAUGCGGCCUCCCAGACUGUCCCCUCCCACCGCAGAGAUGGGCCAGAAUCCAGCGUCAUCAUUAGCUCACGCGGCAAGGGGUCACCAGCCAAACCAGCCAAUCGGAAGCCCUGCCUGGACGUGUCGGUGUCGGUUCGGAGCUCGGUGCCGGCGUGGGCGUCUGGGCCAGAGAGCCAGUGGAGCUUCUUCAGCCCGAGCGGCGCUCAGAAAGGACACACCUCCUCCGCCCCACUCACAGAGUCGGAGGAGUCCGACUGCUCCAGCCCCAGUCCCGUCAUCUUCCUGGACGAAGUGGGCUAUCGGAAGAGCCUGGAAGCAAAGCUGGAUAUUCCAAAAAUCCCUGUCCUCAAGGGCGGGGUGGAAGAUUCCGAUUCAGAAGUGAGCGAGUUUUUUGACAGCUUCGAUCGCUUCGAUGACCUGGACCAAGCUCCUGAGAGCACCUCCGAGCCGCCCAAUGAGAUGAACACUGCCGGUCAGACUCAGAAAAUCACAUUUCCAGAGGACUGUACCUCAAAAGCUGCUACAACAGCCAUGAACCCCCACAGAUUCGACCACCCCGUCCUUCCUGCCAACAUCAAGAAGCCCACUCCGCUCAAACCAGGAUCGCCAUACGGGUCUCAUCCCGACAUCCCAGAUUCCCCCCGUCCCAUCAUGCCCUUCUGUGAGGAGAGUGGGGCUCUCUUCAGUCCAGUCCAACCUUCAGCCUUCAGUCCUAUGGGAGAGGGUGCAAGCAUGGAGCAUCUUGGGAGGGCAGAUGAAGAAUGCUCAGAACUGCAUAAGCCCCAGGACCUCUGCACUCUCUACAAAAAAUACUCUGAUUUUGCCAGUAACAUAUCAAAGGAGAUUCUUAGUUCAGUCUGUGGGUAUUCAUCUCCUGUUGACAUGAAUGUAAAUAAAAACCUUAGUUGUGUUUGUCAUAAAGAGUUUACAAACAGCAGUGGGCACCUGAUGAGGUUAUCGGAAAUCCAGGAGGUGGUGACUGUAUCCCAAUCACUGAAGCCCCAGACCCUGAAAGAGGGAAUACAGAAGUUUGCCACGGACCUGGUGGAGAUGAGCUUGGGCAGUGCCUUCAGGGACCUGCAGAAGGGCGUGGCCACCUGUACCACGACACUGUGCCAUCUGGCCGCCAGGCUGACGUCCUCCGUGUUUCAGAUGGCCUUUCAGGAGAUCGGCGCGAGGCAUGCGUACGUGCUAAAAGAGCACGCCAUAAACGGUUUAGCGGGCUUCCUGGUCGGCGAGGCGGUAUCCGGGGCCUUGAAAGAAUUCCACUUUGUGAAAAAACAGAUUUUCAACAACGCGGUCGCCAGGUUUGCAGCAGAUCUCGCGGAGGAACUGGUGUUCGAGGGCAUCAUGGAGGUUUGCCAGUUUUCACACCCGUCUACACCCCUAACCCCGAGCGACUGGUCUUUCCAACGGGAGGAAGAAGUGGUUUCUGCGUACGCCUCAGACCUCUCUGAGUCUGUCCUGCAGGAAGCCUUCAUCGAGUUAUCCCAGGCAGACGUGACCUUCACUACAGAGGCUGCCAUCAGUGUGUCUCUGGACAAUAUCCGCUACGUCAGCGCUGAGGACACCACACAGACUACAAAAACCUGCAAUGCUGCCACAGGUUAUUUUGGAUCACAAUGCACAGCCAAGUCAGUGAAUUCUGAGGCAGAAAAUGGCUGCACUGUGGGAAAAGCUUUGUUCUGCAUGUCUGGGAUUGCCAGUUGCAUUCCGGUCCCUGCUGCUGGGAAAGGUCUCUCUCAGAUCCAGAGCCCGACAGAAACCUGUCAGUACAAAUCCAGUAUCUGCCGUACAUCACAAACUAGUCCGAGGAAGAGCAACUUUUCUGAACAAUGUCAGGUGAUGACGUCAGCAUCAGGCACUUCUGCGGCAGUGCAAACAAACCUUCUGCCCCCUGCUGGUCAUGGCCGAGAUGCCUAUAGUGAGAGGCGUACAUUGGAAGGAGCAGCAAGUUUCACACCCUACGAGCCGGUUUCUGGUGCUCCAUUGUUUAGGAAGGAUAAAGUUCCCAGGUUCUCUGGAAACAUGUGGGACACAACUGAUAGUGCAGGUUACAAGCUCACAUCUCCCACUGAAGUUAAAAAGAGGGUGGAGGGCUAUUCUGGCUGUUUGAGCAGAAAAACGGAAGUUUGCGUUCCCUCGGUUGAUCAGUCAUGUUCCUCAGAACACACAUCAGGCAAAAGGAAUGCAAACAUGUCCCUCCUUACCGAGCACUUUCCUCAGGAGAAGCUAGACAUGUAUUCCCCGUUACCGGACUCUGUGUUGCAUCAGUUCCCGUCUGAAGUUAAGUGCACUAAUCUACACAAUGCUGCUAAUCCAAGUAAACAAGGUAUUACUGAUCAGACCUCCCUGUUAUCCACAAAGCCAGCCUAUAAUUCUCAGUCGAAGAGCCAAGGUGUGGAAGUGGUCUCUGAGAUGCUUCCGCUGUCUGUGAAGGACUCUCUGGAGGUGCCCAGUUUUGAACUAGCCGGACGUGGCUGUAAAAAGUUUGCUCAUGAAGAGUUGCUCCACAGCCCUGAGAGAACAUGUAGUGGAGACCCAGGCACCCCACCAUCUACCCCUCAGCAGGGUCCACCAGCGUCCCAGGAAAAACAGAUCAAGCAGUUCUCCAAGAAGCUCAAGAGCAAGCUGGCUAAGGAGUUUUCCCCUGCCACGCCUCCACCCACGCCCCGUUACCAGCCUUUUGGGGCAGUCACAGAGACUGGGGGGGAGGCUGGGAAGGCAGACUUCAUACUGAAGCUCAUGAGGUCUCUCUCUGAUGAAGUGGGUGGCAUGGAGGAUGUUCAGGACAGCCAAGAGUACACCUGUGGACCUGGAACAGCAGCCAAAUACUGCCAGGUCGAACUAAACCUUCCAGGGGAAACUGAUCACAAAAUGGUGGAAAAGGGAGCCCUCUGUUAUGCUGGACGUUUAGCGAGCCACAUUGUUUCCAUGGCUACUGAGAUGGACAAUCUGGGUUUGGAAGAUGGACGGAAGUUUGAGGAUAUUGGAGGCAAAGAUGGCCUUCCUGUGCGCACUGCACAGUUUUCUGAAGAGACUUUAAACUCUCUGUGGGCCUACGCUGGGGAGAUAGCAGGGGAGGUCAUUUCUGAUGUGAUGAAGAUGACAGAUGUCAGUCACUGCAGACACAGAGCCUUGAAAAGAACAGGGGAAAUUUGCCCUGAAUGUCAUCAACACGUGGACCACAGAGACUUCAGGCUCACCACCAUGGUGGACCGGUGGUCAAGCGAUCUUCUGGCCUCGGUCAUUAGCGUUCAGAGCUCUGAGUUGAGUGGCCACUCUUCCGGAAACCCCAACUGUGAGAGUGUUAAAGAUGAAGAUGCAAGUUACCUCAUUAGGGUUCUGCAGAGAGGAGGUGGGCAACGGGAGCUCAUUUUGGACCAGUAUGCUAGCCAUCUGGCCUACCGGUCCAUCAGAGCAGGACUGGCCCAGGCGGAAAAGAGGAUCAAGCAGAGGUCUAAUCUGAGGCUUAACUCUUUCAGGGGGUUGCAUCACAAUGUUGCCUGUGAGCCCUACAGCAGUUUUAUGAUAGAGAUGCCUUCUGAGGAUGCCACCAGGAAUGCAUGCUCUUCUAGUAAAGCACUGCAGUGUGCAGGCCAGGAAACCAGGAACACUGACAGGCGGGAAUACAUGGAACUUGUAGUCUUUGCAGAAUCUUUGGCAUACAACAUCAUCUGUGAUGUCACAAGGAAGCUCAGACCACCAUCCGUUCGGUUGCCUAAGUCCUUGACGGACUCGUGUCUGUACAAAAAGUCCACGGUGGAAGACACGGCCAAGAACCUCGGCAAACCCACAUGCUUGUGCAGUUCAGUGCCACACACAGAGAAACCCAAACAGUACCACAGCACCGGGAGCUUAAAUGAUGAGAAUUAUAGCGACGGUAUCUUUAAAGUCAUUGAACACUAUGCAAGGAAAAUCGUUGAUGACACUUUGGAGUUGACAGUUGCAUCGUCAUGCCCUCACCCUGUGGAGGACAGGAGCAUGGCAGACAGAAACACACACGCCCACCUGCUUUCAGAGGGAACAUUACGUUCAUCCUUAGCUGACCAGAACGGUUGCUAUCGCGUGACUAGGGAACAUCCAUUUUGCAACAGUGUGUUCAGGCACGAGCCCCUGGAAGUGGACUGGAAGAGGAGCCGGGACUAUGAUGUCAUGUCAGAGAGCUGCUGUAACCACACCAGGAUGUGUGGUUUUGAAAUUCCGGAAAUCCACAUUGAUUCAGAGAAGAGGGCAGAAUUUGCGGAGGCAGUGGUGUCAUCGGCGAUUGAGAAAGCCAGGAGAGACCUGAGCAACAGCAGCCUGAACACAGACAGCGGGAUGGGGCACGAUGGCGCCCGCCUGAACACAGACAGCGGGAUGGGGCACGAUGGCCCCCGCCUGAACACAGACAGCGGGAUGGGGCACGAUGGCCCCCGCCUGAACACAGACAGCGGGGUCGGGCACGAUGGCCCCCGCCUGAACACAGACAGCGGGUCGGCACGAUGGCGCCCGCCUGAACACAGAGCGGAUGGGGCACGAUGGCCCCCGCCUGAACACAGACAGCGGGAUCGGGCACGAUGGCGCCCGCCUGAACACAGACAGCGGGAUGGGGCACGAUGGCCCCCGCCUGAACACAGACAGCGGGAUCGGGCACGAUGGCCCCCGCCUGAACACAGACAGCGGGGUCGGGCACGAUGGCCCCCGCCUGAACACAGACAGCGGGAUGGGGCACGAUGGCCCCCGCCUGAACACAGACAGCGGGGUCGGGCACGAUGGCGCCCGCCUGAACACAGACAGCGGGAUGGGGCACGAUGGCCCCCGCCUGAACACAGACAGCGGGAUCGGGCACGAUGGCGCCCGCCUGAACACAGACAGCGGGAUGGGGCACGAUGGCCCCGCCUGAACACAGACAGCGGGAUCGGGCACGAUGGCCCCCGCCUGAACACAGACAGCGGGGUCGGGCACGAUGGCCCCCGCCUGAACACAGACAGCGGGAUGGGGCACGAUGGCCCCCGCCUGAACGCAGACAGCGGGAUGGGGCAUGAUGGCGCCCGCCUGAACGCAGACAGCGGGAUCAGGCACGAUGGCGCAAACUUCGCUGAGAGUCUUGCCACCGAAAUCAUGGCGUCAGCGUUGACCAACGUCUGCCAGACCAUCAACAUCAGCCCCCUGGGGAGAGAGAGGACGCACACGUUGGAGUUGCUGGGCAGCCAGGGGCGGAGCCUGAGCGCUGAGGGGCGGAGCCUGAGCAGCAGGGAUGACAGCCAGGGGCGGACCCUGAGCAGCGGAGAGGACAGCCAGGGGCGGAGCCUGAGCACUGAGGGGCGGAGCCUGAGCAGCGGGGAGGACAGCCUGGGCAGCUGGUCCAACCUCAGCCUGGAGGAUGAACACCUGGACGAGAGCAGCAGCUUCCUGCACCUGAGUGACAGUAAUGGAAACAGCAGCAGCUGGAGCAGUCUGGGGUUGGAGGGGGAGGAGCCUGUGUCCCUUUCUCCGUCUAACAGCGACGGUCCGGAGGAGAAGGAGGCGGAGUCUGCGGCUGACGUGAACGCAGCGCAGGUGUGUCCCGCGACUGUGAGGCUGCUGGUGCUCAACAGCGACCUGGGGGGGCCCAGCCUGGACCCACAGGUGAGGGCGGUGCUGCAGUGGAUAGCCGCCUCCCACUCUGACCUGCCCACGGUGCAGCUGGGCCAAUCAGGCGAGGUGGAGCUUCAGCAGCUGCCAGCGGUGCUAUGCCGGGUUCGGCAGAGGGGCUGGACGGCCGGAGACCUCCUGCAGGCCCUCCUGCAGUACUGCGAAGGGCCCGAAACACAGCCAGGCGCACAGGGACCCUGCAGCAAGCCCUUCUUCCAUUGGCUGCUGGAACACGCCUAGACCCCGCCCCCCCCCGUCCCAGCCCAUCCCAGCCAAUCACGCUUAGCUACCGCUCAGAAAACGCUGGACUCAGAGAGCACCAGCAGCCACGUCAGCGUCAGUCAGGACGUUUGGCCAAACGUAGAGGCCCGGUCAGUGCACCCUGUCUGUUGUCUCCUGUAUUGCUUCAGCACUGGACAGAGGGGGGGGGGGGACUUACACAGGGACAGGAGCUUGUGUGCUGAUUGGUUACGCAGUGGCUGAAGGGCGUGGCUCUUAUCCAUGUAUGCAAUGUGUCUGUAUGGUCAGUGCCAGCGUGUGAUCAUCUGAAACCAUCUGUACUUCAUUUACAUUCGCAUUUAUAUCUCAUUUUCUGUUGGAACGGAACGGAAUGAACACCCCCAGUAGGUUAAAAAAGAAGAAAUAUCCAUCCAUCAGGGAACCCCCUCCCCCAAGGCCCCCCCCACACCCCCCCGGUUUGUUCAGGGAAAACUGCGUCAGCUCUGUACCCUUCUUCUGUGGGGUCGUCUCCACAAGUUCAGGGACCAGCCCAACGAACCGCGCCUGCUUCCAGAAGGUUCCGUUAAUUGCAGAAGGCGCCUGACCCUCAUAACUCAGACAUAAGUCUAGUGGCUGUGUGACCAGCCGUGGAGCGUUACCGGCGCGAUUGUUUAGUGAGUGUUCUGCUCAAGACACUUUUCAGACGUUUUUGGACACAAAUGAAUGUAGAUUCAGAGAAUCACAGGAAUAUUGCGAAAGUCGAAGAGAACACUGAAGUUUGUUUGAAAGAACUCUUGGCGCUGACGCACUCUUACAGGAAAGGGUCCAGCAAUCUGUGAAUGUAUUGAGAUAUUUCAGAAGGGUAUUAAGUUCAGUUUUUCACAGCAAGUGUUUAAAGCAGUUUGUUGUAAGUAAUGUGCAAGUGUGAAACUCCAAAACCCUCUUACCAGAUUCUUCUUUAUGUGUACAGUUUUACAGAGAAGCAGAAAGUGUCUGAGAAGGUUAUAUAUGAGGUUAUAUCGCUGCAGACUUUGCCUUAAUGUGGUUUGGAAGGGCAGGAAAUUACUUUUAAACAUGAAGGAAAAGUAUUAUUUACAAAAUCACACACCAGCAUUAUAAGGAAAAUGGAAAUGCUUCCCACAUAACGAAAUAGCAGAAUUCCCAGGACGGUUGCACCUCUCCUGGUUUAAGGAAAGUCGUCAAACGGGAAGUCGUCAAACAGGAAGAGUGACACACUGGGUACAGAGCGUAAUUACUGACACACCUCCAGUCUGAACCACAACAGACACGGCGCGCAUAUCUCAGCCGCCCGUCACGUCCAGAGCCUCGGUCCGCAGCGUGGGGUCUGGAAUUUUCCACAGUAUCAGUCCAGUCUAAUCUGUCAUUAUACUGACCGCUGGGCAUGUGAGGGGCGGGGGGGGGGGGCGAAGAACGAUGGGAUUUUGGGAGAAAUGGAUCAGACCUGGGGAACUGACCACAUGAGAGAGGACCAAACCUCAGAUUGUUCUGUCACAGGCUUCGGGAAUGAUCAAACGAUCAAAAGACCAACGGUUCCAGUGUUGCGAAAACGUAAAGGUCACCCGCGCUCAGUACUCACUUAACACAGCCUAGAGAGCGGCCGGAGAGCGGCGGGAGAGCAGCCGGAGAGCGGCCGGAGAGCGGCGGGAGCGGAUUUUAGAUCACAGUACAGGAGUAAACAAGGACAAAUAAACCUGGACCUGGAUGAAUAAAGCAAUGAGCCGUUUAUUCUGCCGUACGGUGGCUUUGAGUUCAGAUAUAAAUAUCAUACACUCAUCACAUGACAGUUCAUACUUAAAAACUGCUGUUUUUGCAUGGGCCUUUUCUCUAUUGUCAUGGUAAUUAUCCAGUGAAGUUGUGUUAAUAGUGGUGUACUGUAAUUUCCACAGCUCUAUGCCCUCUUCGGCUCUGAUCCGAUUGGCCGGUUGUACGUGGCCAUUGUGACGUCACAGAAUUAUUGCCGUUUUUGGCAGAGAAGCAGAAUGGCAGAGGGGUCACUGCUGGGGAAGUGAUUUUAAUGCCACUCAAUGUAUUACAAAACCAAAGGAUAUUAAAGCAGCCUUUCAGUGAACCGACGCUAACGCUACCACCAGCGCUAACGCUACUACCAGUGCACUUCAGCGUUUAACAUGCCUGCAGAUUUGGCUGAACACCGAUAUCACAUUUUGAGGUUUUUUUGUUAUUUCCUACGAGGCGUACUGCUGUCACCAUCUGCCGCGAGAACUUAAUUUUCGACCACAUGUUCAGCCAGAAGCACGGGACGCUGAGUUACACCCGUACCGCCUUACAAGUGCACUGCGAAGGCAGCCAAGAGUCAUCCAGUAAAACACUAAAUAUAAUCUGGCCCGUCCCACGGAGAGGUCGGUAGGGUUUAAAAGGAGAAGACACAGGGCCUCUUGCAAUGGCAGGAGCACCUCCACGGCUGGGGACUACAGUGGAGGUGAAGAAUUCAGAGUUAGUAUUACAGUACUGUACUGUGAUGUGAGUAUUACAGUACUCUACUGUGUUAUGAAGAAUUGGCCCAGAGAGUCCUACUACCUGAGAAUCCUAUCUCCUGCUCCAUAUGGAACACACUGUGUGUGUGAUGGGCCCUCUGCUACUAAAGUCACUUUAUUUAAUAUACAUUCUUAUCUUUCAGAAGAGGACCCAACGCUAGUUUGUGUUAUUUAUAGCUGAAUAUGUAAAACAGAGAUUUAACAAGCUAUUUAAAAAUAAUAUUUUAAUACCUGCUCAGCGUUAUUCUCAUCUCAUCAGACACUGCAGCCUCAGCUCUUAUGUGUGUUUCCUGCUUCUUUCUAUAAUCUUUUGCCAAAUACAAUAUCAGAGGACUUACAGUAUGUGCAUAAUGGCAGUGAAGACACUAUUUGUCCUGUAGUGAUAUUGCAUAAAUAGUUUACAGUGCAGGUGGAAGUGCUGUAUUUGUCUUUAAGCAAAAAAAUAAAAUAAAGCUUUCUCAAGUGUA